AUGUCAAUGUCAAAUAAAAAUUGUAAACAAAAUAACACGUGCGUAGUUGAUUCAGUAGUUUGUGAUUUUUAGCUAAAUAACUCCUAUAAUUGAUUUCAAUUUUACUUUUCAUUGUGAAGUAUGGUGGUGGCAGAAACGAUGAGUAAACCUACAUUAAAAGUUUCUGUAUCUUCAGAUUCAUCUAGUGACGAAGAAUCUGAAUCACAAAAUGAAGAACAAAUAGUUCAAGAAUCAUCUGACGAUGAUGCCGAGGCUGAUUCCGAAGAUAAUAAUUCCAGCGGUGGAAAUCCCGAAGAGGACACGUUAAUAACAAACGAAGGUUGGGCCGACUCAGUCGCUAAGAUCCUUGGCUCUACUAAACCGAAAAACAAGAAAACCCUAGUAUUAUCAAGAGCUAAAAAGCAUUCAGAAGUUCUCAAAAGUAUCAAAGACGAGAAACCAGUAUUUGAAGUUGUUGGUGACAACAAAGAAGAACCAUUACAAACAGAAAUAAAAAAAGAGGAAUCUUCCAUAACAGAACCGCCAAUAAAGAAACCUAAAAUUGAAAAGCCAUCAUUGAGGAUAAAACCAAACAUAUUAGAAAAGGACAGAGAAAGACUACUAACAAAAAUAGCAACAAAAGGUGUUGUGCAAUUAUUUAAUGCUGUGAGGAACCAGCAGAAGACUUUAGAGAAGGAUAUGAACAGAACUGAUUUAUCAGAGGCAAAGAAAGAGAAGAUAUUGAAAAAGUUUGAUAAACGAGCCUUUUUAGAUACUCUAAUGGGACAAACAAAGUCAGUAGUGGUUGAUGAACAAACAAAAUCAAUGACGGGGGAGGUGAAAAAUGAAAAUGAAACCCCUAAAUGGAGUGCUCUCAGGGACGAUUUUAUGAUGGGUGCCAAGAUGAAGGACUGGGACAGAGAGUCAAUAGAUGAUUGAAAAAAUUUAUUUGUUUUAGUGGUUUUAUUAAAUAAAUAUUUCUAUUAUCUUUAAUUUAUUUUUAUGGAAG